AUGUCGUCGCAACAAGAUAUGAAUGCUCUGCUGCACGCUAUGCGUACGCAGAUUGCAACAUUGACCUCGCAACUCGCUGAGCUGCAGAAUAACCCUCCUGCGGCAACCCCCUUGGUCGAGAAGAAAUUCAACAAGAAAGUUGAAGUCGUUGCUGACCCUGGCGCCUUCGAAGGAGACAGAGCACAAUUCGCCGAGUGGUGGAUCAAGCUCCAAAUUUGGGUCAAGGCAAACUGGGACGCGUUCACCGAUGAUUUUGAGGUAGCCACUGCGGUGCUAUCUCGACUAAAAGGACCUGUGGCAGGUCGAUACGCCCAAGUAAGAUUGCAGGAAUGCUACACCGCGGGAGUGUGGCCAACCUGGGACGAUCUCAAGAAAGAGAUUGAAAAAUAUUUCAAACUGCAAGCUGAGCGUGACUGGGCGCGUCAGCAAAUCCGUUCCUUCAAACAAGGAAACAUGAGGACGGAUGACUAUGUUACCCGUUUCCUGGCCCUCUCCAUCCAAGGAGGGCUUGGUAAUGAACAUGCAGUAGAACUGCUGGAGCGCAAUGUGAACCCUUGCAUUGCAGAACAAAUCUACUUGCAGGAUACAAGAAACGAGAACUUGGCCCUGGCGGCUGAGGAAGUACGACGAAUCGGUAGAGCCAUGGAGCUUUACCAAAUGCACCAAGGUGGCGGGUCCAUCACCAAAAACAACGAAUCCCAGAGGCGCCCUGGGUCAUCAAACCAACAUAAACACUCUCACGGGUUCCAGCCGUUCGGGCUGCAACCAGGUCGAGGUGCUCCUAUGGAUAUCGGUGCGGUCCAAGGCGGACAGACGCGCAGAUUCACCUGCUACAAUUGUGGGCAGGAGGCGCACAUAGCCCGAAAGUGUCCAAAUGGAGUGCAGACUGCUCAAAAUAACCAAGGGCGCCAGGCGCACCAAUUAGAAAUCGAAAAACCGGACAAUCGGCUCAAUACUCUGGCCGGUCGUUCAUACGAUGAAAUCUGA